AUGCGACUCCUCCACACGACCAACUACACGCUCCACGAGUUCUACGGGGAAGACAUCCCUUUCUACGCGAUACUGAGUCAUCGGUGGGAGAAAGAAGAGGUUACGAUUGAGGAUCUGAAGCAUGGCAUUCCGAAGCUGUUGUUGGGGUAUGGGAAGAUUAUGGGGUGUUGCCGGAGGGCGAGAGCGGAUGGGUGGAUGUGGGUUUGGAUAGACUCCUGUUGUAUUGACAAAUCCAGCAGCGCCGAACUCUCAGAAGCCAUAAACUCCAUGUUCGACUGGUACCGCAACGCCCAAGUAUGCUACGCCUACCUCUCUGAUGUCUCCUCAGCCUCAUCCUCCCACCACGACCUGAACUCCUCAUUCCGCAACUCCAAGUGGUUCACUCGAGGCUGGACGCUGCAAGAACUACUAGCCCCGCAUUGGAUACAAUUCUUCGACGAGGAGUGGUCGGAGAUUGGCACGAAAAGCUCAUUACGCGAAUUAAUCACUAGUAUCACUGGUAUUGAACAUUUGUUUAAUUUUAAUGACGCGAGCGUGGCGCAGAAAAUGUGUUGGGCGAGUAAUAGGGAGACGACGAGGUUAGAGGAUCAAGCGUAUUGCCUCAUGGGUCUUUUUGGAGUCAAAAUGCCGCCAUUGUACGGAGAAGGUCGACACGCAUUCAUGAGGUUACAAAGUGAGAUCAUCCAUAAAACGGAUGACGAGACGAUAUUUGCGUGGAUGCGACCAGAGGGCUUUCGAUCGACUGGGUUGAUUGACGAAACGGGGAUGCUAGCGCCGUCACCUGCGUAUUUCGAGAGAUCGGGGAGAGUGAGGACGUAUACUUUUGAUUAUGAUAGACCGCCGCAUACGAUGACAAAUAAGGGAUUGAGGCUUGAGUUACUGACAUUCGAAGCGUCGCAGGGUGUUGAGGUCGUUGCACCGCUGAAUGCGGUUGAUGGGGAUGAGGAUAACGUGUUGGCUUUGCGGUUAUGGAAGAGUCAUACGAGUUACUCGCGGAGCGCCGAGUUAUAUCACAUUGAGAAGAUACAGUUGAAUGGUGUUAUGUUCAAGGGAAGAGGCGUUUUCUUCGUAGGACAGUCAGAUGAUAAUCCGCCACCUCCAUUUCCCCAGAAAGUCGUGUUCAACACCCAAAGUUUGAAAGCGAGAGGUUUUGAGAUUGCGGAACGACAAGUGUAUCCGAUAAUUGGGUGUGCGUAUUGGCAAUUCGAACAUGGCGAUCGAAGGGGUCCGACGCUCCACCGCUUCAAGCCGUAUUGGCAACGCGCUGCUAUCGUGCUAGAGAAGAAUAAUUCGACAAGAUUAAUUAUCAUCCUCGGGAUUUCAAGGGAAAAUCAUCUUUGGGUAGACAUAAUCGCCCAAGACAUCAGCACCGAAAAAUACAUCCCUACCACAUUCCCCGAAGACGGGAAUACCGAUCGGAUCUCCCGUCCAGUAGCAGACGGCUAUUCCGUCACCGCGGUGUUAAAGAAAGACCAUGGUCUAGGUCUCGAGGGGUAUGUUCUUGAUAUCACACUUGAUCCCAAGGGCGCAUUACCGUGGCCACCGACGCAGAUUUGGAGGAAUGGGAGUGACAUGUCGAUGCCGGUCGUGGGACUGGAGAGUAAGCGGUUUAAUCCGGGUCAGGCUUAUACUGCGGAGAAGAGUCCGCCCACGCCGGUUUCGAGGGUGUUUAGUGCGAUGUCGCUGGGGAGUUCGAAGGGGAAGAUGGAUCGGAAGAGUAGUUGGGGCUUCCCGAAGAAAUGA